AUUUAUUUAAGUUUCAGAGUGUUGACUUGUUCACCGCAUUGUUGCUUCCACAUAAGAGUUUAUUUCUUCAUGCUUUGCAAUCAUCUUCAUCGGAGAGCAAGUCAUUCGUACUCGUGCCAACUUAUCGUCUUCGCUGAAAAGGGCAUAUUUCCAUGUCGGAAAGGGGAUCACGUGAUAAGGGAGAAACAAGUGACUCAAAGCCUGGCAUCAAAGAUAUUAUACAUGGCUUGGGAAAGCGAAAAACCAAACUAGGGGAUCAGGUUAGAAUCAAGUACCAACUUUUGGGUGAGUCCGGUAAAGUUGAAGAUGAAAAAGGCCCUUUUGACCUGACGCUGGGGGCCAGAGACCACACAUAUGGCCAAGUUCAUGCAGGACUUGAUGAGGGAGUUCGUGGUAUGAAAAUCGAAGGAACGAGAGAACUGAAAAUCGGACCAGAAUUUUGUCCACAAGAUAUGCCAAACAAUUGGAGGAAAAUAGUCGGACUUCCUCAAAAGGAGAAAGCGAUGACGUUCCAUGUAACACUUAUAGCAAUAUUGAAUGAGGAGGUAGAGAAGAAAGAUGGAACUCAAGAACAUAAGGAAGGAGGGGUAGUGUCUUCGACAUAAGACUUUUAAGCCCCUUGGAAUAUCCUUUCACUUCAUUUCAUCACUUUAAUAAAUAAAAAUAUUGCUUAUUAACUCCUUAGAAUUUUAAGAGGGGAGAAGAUCUAACCUCUCCAUUUUUUUAUUAUCAUUUUCUCUCCAUUUCUCUAAUCAUAACCAUGCAUCAUUUAUUAAAUCUAUGACUAAAACAAAUUCAUUUAAUGCAGUGAUAUCAAUAGUUAUGAUUGGGAAGUAGAGAGAAAGGAAUGAUAUGGAAAUGAAGAGGUUCAUCUCCCUUUGAAGUGAUUGUGUUGGUGUUAAUGUUGUGCUACUACGUACAUGGAAUUUGUUUGGAGUAAAAUAAGAGCUUGCACUUGGUGGCUCUUCAAUGUAACGUAAAUGAGUUUUACAGACAUUAUAUAUAUUGGAUGAAAAGUCGAAAUUCACCAAUUUA